AUGGUAACAAAGAUAAAAGAAUUCUUUGUGGGCCGGAAUCCAAAGAGAGCAGCACUGUCUCUUACUAUUUGUAACAAUCUAAAUGCAGCAGGGGAUUCAGCUGACCUCAUUGUGCUGAGUGAAAGUGUAGGACAUCCUGAUAUCUACCCUCCCAGUGAAGACUGGCUCCUUCAACAUGAGAGAGCACUGAGAGAGAGUAGCCUCAUUUUGUCUCUUCCUAAGAAAAGAAAAGAAAAGAAAAGAAAAGAAAAGAAAAGAAAAGAAAAGAAAAGAAAAGAAAAGAAAAGAAAAGAAAGGAAAGAAAAGAAAGGAAAGGAA